AUGGCACAAGGACGAUACUUUUUCGAUCAACUGAACCGCCACUUUUAUCCACGCACAUUUCCUGGCACCAACCAUGUUUUUGACGAUGCGCUGACUGCGUUCAUGCUGACUACCAUUGCUCCUAGUGAAAAAUCGCUCGAAUCGGGCCUUCAGUAUUGGCUGGUGUUUUUAAAUUUCGUCGUGCAGAAGCUAGAUCUACACAAGGAUGACCAGGGUAUGGAUGAGGAUGAUAGGCAAGAAAGAAGAAGGCUGUGGUGGGCCACCUAUAUCAUCGAUCGACAUGCUGCUUUAUCGUUCAAUGGGCGCCCACGUCUCACUGAUCAAGAAUGCUCGUCGUUGCCCGCACCGUGCCCAGAUGCGAUCUGGGACUAUCCGUCACCAUUGCCUCGGUCGGAGAACCAAGCCCCUCAGAGCGACAUUCUUGAGUAUCGCUUCCUCGACGAUCAUCCAACGUUCAACACUAAUAGAGCUCUACUGGAGACGAGCCGCACAACCAUAAUACGGAACUUGCAGCUGUGGUUUGAUUCCUUUGAAUCGCUAGUUGAACCUGACUUCUGUCGAAUUGCAGAGCCAGAGUACGAGCUGCUGCCGGGAGGUAGUAACCCAGCUGUCGCCUAUUACGGCUUGCACAUGUACCACUGCAUGUUUGUGCUGCUCCACGGUCGCAUGGAUGUGGUUCGCAUGUAUCAUGAUUUUGAAUGGCAGGCAUCUCCCGACUUCCUUACAGCUGGCGAACACGCUGUCGCGUGCGCAAACGUUGCACGUCACAUCCUCCGAAUUGAUCCUCGACUAAGCUUUAUGUAUCGCUACUUCGGCACAUACUUCCUACAAUCCUCCUUCAUCUUCCUGAUCCUGGCACAGAAACUAGGCCAACAAUCUGAUAGCCUGAUUUUGCGCAAUUGCGCGAUCAACCUUCAGGUCUUGGACAAAUUUGUGCUAGCCACAAACAUGGAUUAUCAGCGAACGUUUGCCGAACUGCUUCGCAAAGCUCUUAGCCAGAACAUGGAACGAUCUUCCCAGGCACAAGGCCAUACUUACCAUGACCGUACUUGGCCACUUGAAGAACUAGGAAGCCAUCUGGAUCCAGAAAUGCUUCGAUAUCGCUGGACUCCGGGCUUCACGGGGCUAUGGGCACAUUCAAAGCCUUGA